CGAACGUUAAAACCGCUCCCCUCUCGCUCUCUCUCAUUCUCUUUCUAUCUCUCUCUCUCUCUCUAAACUCUUUCUCUCAUAUUGUAUGAAGUUUACGUUCCCGGCGAUUUCACAAGAAACAAAACCGGCAAAGAAAGGUGGGGACGAAACCCUUGUAUUUUCUCUCAUUUUUUUCCGAUGAUUUCCCGUCAAAGUGAAAGGGUAGAGUGAAGGGAAACAGAGAGAGUUUUUCGGUGCCGGUGGUGGGAGGUAUUGGUAAUGGCUAUGGGGCCGGAAAGAUCAAAGCCGCCGCUGCAUAAUUUCACGCUGCCUUGUGGGUUGAAGUGGGGGAAUCAAAAGUUCUUGAGGUGCGCUAAGGUGGAUUCCAAUGGGGAAAUCUCCGCCGUUCACCGGAGGUCUUACGGAUCGUCGGAGGCGUCGGCGAGGAGGAGGGUUCAGCCGCCCGCGGCGGCCACGGCUCAGCGUCGCGGAUCAAACGAGAGGGUUCAGGAGACGUGUGUAGCGAAGAGAGCACGGGUGGGGGAGAGUGGCGGCCGGAAAUUCGGCUCCGAUGUCGACAACGGGAUCGCGGCGGUGAGGGAGAAGCUGAUGUUUGAUCUCCAGAAGGCGGCGGAUAAGAUGAAAGACGCGAUUUUUAGGGAGGGUUUGGAGGACGAGGAAAGUCGGCGGGUGGUGGCGGUGGAUGUGGAUGUGGAUGUGGAGGUAGGAGAACCGUCGCCGCCGCCGGCGGCGGCGGCGGCGGCGGCGUCGUUCUCGCCGAUACUGGCUUCGACAACUGUGAUUCCAGUGCCUCCAUCCCAAACCACCGCCGCCGACUCCGCUCGGCCCUGGAACUUGAGAACUCGCCGGUCGGCAUGUAAGACGCCAACCGGAUUCCCAGCCGACGCCGGCGGAUCGAGCCGGGGUUUGAAUAUCGACGUCACGAAUCCCAAUGUUUCACCAUCCAGGACUACUGACAACAAAUCUCCCCGACUUCGCAGUGGAACCGUCGUCGGUGCCGCCACCGCCGGAGCUUCCUCCUCCGGCGAGAAGCGCGACAGAGCAAAGUUCUCCGUUCCGCUCGCCAAGCGAGAGAUCGAAGAGGAUUUCAUGGCGAUUCUCGGUCAAAGACCCCCUCGCCGGCCCAAAAAACGACCUAAAUUGGUCCAGAGGAGUUUAGAUACUCUCUUCCCCGGAUUAUGGCUGUCGGAGAUUACGCCUGACCUAUACAAAGUCCCCGACGAUCACUCCAAAUGAACUAUCCCAUGGGUGAUGUACAAACAAAAACAUAUAUUAAUAACAGACAAGUAAAUUCGUGACCAUUUCAUUUUGCUUCUGCGGGAUUGGAUUCCAUGAAGGAAGGCGUCGUUGUCUGGUAAAAAGAAAAAAACAGAAAGCUUAGUUGCUUUGAAAACGCUAGAUUUUGUUUAGCCAUCGUCUUCGUCUUCGUCGUCUUAUUUGUUCAUAGUUUUGGGUUGUCUAGCUUUGUUCACCGGAAUAAACUAACAUGGUGCAGAGUCUGGGUGAAUUGGUUGUUCUUUAGCUGCAACAAAAGAUCCGCAAUUGUUCAUAAUUUCCAUCAAAGACUGCAAAUACUUGCUGCAUUAUAAUAUUCGUUGCUCAUAUCAGUUUUGGUUUC